GUGUUAAAAAGACGUCACCAAAGAAGAAACAUUGGCAGCGACGCUUCAGAUUUUGAAUGGCGGCGUCUUCAUCCUCCUCAUCAGCGGGAGGUGUGAGUGGCAGCUCAGUAACCGGAUCAGGCUUCAGUGCUUCUGAGCUGAUCCCACCCAGGAAAGUUCUGUACACUUAUCCUAAAGGAGCCGAUGGAUCUGAUAGGUUUUUGUGUGAGUCUGUGUUCAGCUAUCAAGUUGCAUCCACACUGAAGCAGGUUAAGCAUGAUCAGCAGGUUUCCAGGAUGGAGCGUCUAGCUGGGCUGGUGGAGCAAUUGGAGGCAGAUGAGUGGAAAUAUAAACCCAUCGAGCAGCUCCUGGGAUUCACAACUUCGUAACUGCUGUAGGCAGACGUACUCGCAUGCUCACACAUAGCUAAACAUCUUUUUUUGUGUGUUUUUUUUUUGUUAUUGUGAAUAAUAUUGUGAAUUACUAUUUUAAAUGACAUUGUAGAUACAGUGUUUUGCACUAAUGUAAUAAGCGUGAAUAUUUCAAUCAGGCCAGCUGACAGUCUUGCCUGGGCCCGGGACAAGAUAAUCUUAGAGGGCCCCCAACCCCUUACUUUUUACUGGUAACAAGAAAUUUGGCAUUAUCAGAUUCAGGACCCACGAAUAUUGCAUAUUAUACAUUGUAUAAAACAUUUAGUUAAAGGUGAAGUUCCUAAUUUUUAGACGGAUCUCUUGACAGAAAUGCAAAAUAAUAUACAAAACUAUAUUAUCAGGGGUGUAUAAAGACCUUUUUAUAAUGAACCAUUAUGUUUUUAUUACAUUAGAAUGAGACGUUUUUAUCUACAUACACAGAGGGUCCCCUUACGUGGAGGUCGCCAUUUUGUGCCGCCAUGUUUCUACAGAAACCUUUAACGGACAAACUUUUUUUACUAAGUUGUCUCUGACGAUUACAUGUUUUACUGUAGCUUCUCUAUGCGUUUCAAAAGCGAGGGGGGAGCAGUGGAUUGAGCCGUUGGUUGCAAUUUGCAACCUCACCACUAGAUGCUUCUAAAAUUUACACACUGCACCUUUAAAUGUAGUACACUGAAGAAAAUGAUUCAUUGAAUUUAAUAAAUUUUUUAAGGUAAGUGGUUGCAAUCAAUUUAUUUAAGAUACAUUUAAACAAAAAGAUUAGUAAAGUCAAAUAAAAUAUAAAACUUUUGUUUAAAUGUAGCUUAAAUAAAUUGAUUGCAACCACUUACCUUAAAAAAAAAAGGAUUAAAUUCAAUGAAUCAUUUUUUUCAGUGUACUGACGCUGUAUACUGACACAAAAUAUCAUAAUCACGUAUGAAUUAUGAACAGACUAUUGGAAAUAUCAGUAAAACAACUUCAGCUAAUAUUAUGCCGUGUUUGGACUAAAAAUUGAAUAAAUAUUACUCCUCUCUUUAGAAAUUUGAAGUAAACAUAUAAACUCAAUCAUAUUUCUCCAAACAUGCACGCCUUUGAACCAAAAGCCCAGAGGGAUAUUAUUUUGUAAAGAGCUUUCAUGAUGAGCAUGCAUUACAUUUUUCUCAAUGAAUGCGACUGAGGGUAGAGCCCUGCAUUUCAGCCCAAGCCCGACCUUUUUACACCCCUCAGGUCGGGUUUCGGCCAAUUUUAACGUCACAGCUGGGCGGACCUCGGGCUUAUUUAGGCUUCUCCAUCUUUUUAUAUUUUUCAAUUUAAUUAAAAUAACAUUUUGACAGACAAUGAUUGCAAAACAAACGUAGUAAGACUUUUAACCUAUAGCACGAGUCUGCUAUAAGCACAGCCAGCCACACAUUUACAAUGCAGCUGUUGCUUAUUUAACAGCAGGACCUUCAGCGCACCGGGAAAAAAUAUUAAUAGAGGACUAGAUUAAAACCCUGGAUACUGCGCAUAAUCUAUGCAAACAGCAUCCAAGACAUAAUCUAUAAUACAUAUAUAUAUGCAUAGCGAAGUUGUAAGAUAAGGCAGGUUGCAUGUUUAUUCGUUUCAUGUUUAUUUCGUUUCGUUUUGUAGCUAUAGCCCUUUUCAUUUUUUUAUUUCUGCACCCGUUGCAGCUGCGAGCAGCAGAGCAAUCUGCCUCCGCUUUUUAAAAAUAGUGUGUGUUGAUAAUAAACGUUUAAACUAACACUGUGAUAUGCUGAAAAUAUAUAUUUUAUAUAGUUGUUAUUAUAGACAAGUGAAGAGUUGAUCUGAGAGUUCAAUUCAGCAAACAUUUCGUCAACUUGCUGUCGGCUGCGAACCGCUUGUUGGAACAAACAAAAUACUCUAAAAUGUAAAUAAAAAAAGAAAUAUAAAUAUUUUGCCAUUUAAAACAAAUCUGAACUGCUUUAAUUGCUGCAAGAGUAGUACAGCUGUAUAAGGAGUGUAAGGAGUUAUUUUUUGCUAUUUCUGCGGAUUUCUUUUGCAAAAUCUAUGCGGAAUUUUGCAGAAUAAUUAAAAAUGUUUUAAAACGAUCUGAGAGAAUGUGCGCUGUGAAUAUUACAAAACAAUAAAAUAUUUUAUAAUUACAUUUUAUUAAAGGAUUACCCUGAAUUAAACUGGACCAACAUGAACCAACAGAUAAUGGACAAUGUGCUGUCACGACCAUAGAGUUUUAUAUAAAUUACAUAUAUUACUGUCUACAGUGUAACAGUAAAAAGAAAAGGCUUCUCAUAAUGAAUGUAGCCUAUAUCAAGAUAAGUUCAUCUGUUUAACAACACAAUGUAUAUUUAUCUUGUAAACGGAUUUGAAAUAAUAAAUAAUAGUCGCGUCACUUAGCAAUAGAGACGAUAGCGAAUUCAUUAUCUUCUCCGCGGUAAGUUAUUUCAAAUUCAAGUUUUACAUAUUAAAUAUUAAAUAGUUUGUGCUUUCUCUCAUAAAAAGCUCACAGCAAACAGCACAGACUUCUAAACACACGCGAUGCAGUGACUAUAUCUGCGGUCACAGAUUCCUAAUGGGGAUAAUUAGGAAUUCUAUUUUCCUCUAUAAGGCCUAUAUUUUCUUCUUUUCUUUUAUUUUCUGAGCACCGGACUUGUGCUGAGUCUGACAGGACAUUUUGAGCGUACUGAACUUCAAAUCAAAUGAAUCAAAUAUUUUCUUUAUUGUUUAUCAAUUAUUCCAUAAGUCCCAGUUCUGGGCCCCCCUCUGGGCCCCUCCCCACCCUGGGCCCGGGACAACAGACCCGUUUGUCCCCCCCUGUCGGCG